UCAUCGUUGACCAGUUGACACAUGACAAACGACGAGUGAUGAACAUUCCAGCGAGAGUUGCAGCCACACUUCCCCUACUCGCCUCUCCUUUGCUUCCCUCCUCCUCUCUCAGUCUCCAGAGCUUCUGCUCUUUAAUCUCUCACCACCGCGUGCGCAAAUUGGGUUUAGUGCCAACAGUGCAGAGUAGGAGAUUGAGACGCUGCGUUGAAGAGAAAAUGGCUAGCAGUUUAGAGAAGUGCGAUGCGGGAGUUGAAACUGAGGUGGGGGUAGUUCGACCGGCCACCGGAGCUCACACUGAAGAGGCAGUUGAAGCUCUCAGAGCCGGCAAAGUCAUUGCAGUCCCUACCGAUACACUUUACGGUUUCGCUUGCGAUGCUUGUUCUUUGGAAGCAGUGAAUCGGAUAUAUGAGAUUAAAGGACGUAAACAUACAAGUCCUCUUGCAAUUUGUGUUGGGGAUGUGCCAGACCUUAAGCGGUUUGCUGCCACAGAACACUUGCCCCAUGGCUUACUUGAGAAUCUCCUUCCAGGACCUGUUACUCUUGUACUAAACCGAGGGGAGUUGAGCAUUCUUGAGAAGUCUCUGAACCCAGGAUUGGAUAGUAUAGGAGUCCGAGUGCCUGACUGUAACUUCAUCAGGGACGUUGCCCGCAGACUGGGGAGUGCAUUGGCCCUUACAAGCGCAAACCUAAGUGGGCAGCCAAGUAGUGUUUCCAUCAAAGAUUUUGAGAACCUCUGGGAACAAUGUGCAUAUGUUUACAAUGGUGGUGUGCUCCCUUCAGGCCGUGCAGGCUCAACAGUCGUGGACCUCACCAGGCUAGGCAAGUACAAGAUUCUUCGACCUGGAAGUGCAAAGGAAGAGACUGUUGCAAUCCUUGAAAUGCAUUCUCUUGAGGAAGAAGGAGCAGCUACUUAAAACGACGUGCAUACAACUUCUAUGAUAUAUAUGAUUUAAACUAAAUCAUUUGAUGAUUAAUAUGAGUGGUGGCUGGAAUAGGUGAAACUAUAGUGCUAAAAACCGGACUGCAACCUGACCGGCUGGUAGGUAUGAUUCGAUUUUACACUAAUAAAAUCAGGACUGAAGUGAAUUUAUAAUUUUAGAAUUCUUUUUCUUUGGAAUUUUUAUAUGGAUUGAAGUGAUUGUAGUAGUAUUUUUAAUCAAGUUACUGGUUGAAUAUAAAAUCAUUUAC